GUGCAAGUAACCGGUUGUAAACAAAAAAACGGAAAUAGUUUCUGUUUGCUAGUUUCAAGAGUUUAGAGAACAUAAGAGGGAAUCUUGUAAGAUACACUGUUUUAGGUUAUAAAAUGGAUGAAAAUGAAGAUUUGUUAAAAGAUCUAAUCAAACAUGCAAAGAAGAGGCCAGAGUAUGCCCGCAUGGUGUCAUGGGAAUUUAAAAAUGAAACCAAAAUGCCAAACAGAAAGAAGAAGCAGCUGCAGAAAGAAUCCCGCAAAGAGCAAGAGGCAAGUAAGGCUAACAUGGCUAACGAUCAGGAAAAAGACAAGGAGUUCUCUUCAUCAUCAGCAUCAUCAGCACAAGAAGAAGAAUACGAUUCAGGGAGUUCAUAUUACUCAGCUGAGGAAGAAAUGGACUCGGAAGAAUCUACAGGGAGUUUGGAGGAAGCUGUAGAUGAGAUGAAUUUACAAAAUGAAGUAGUUUUUAUGAAUUAUCCCUCACAGACAAACAGUCGACACAGAGCUCCAAGUAAAAAGCAGAAACGCAAAAGACGAUAUCAGAUGACCUACUGUGAUCAAAUUCUGCCAUUUAUGAACUGUGGACUUAGCAUUGAGGAAGAUAUCCAAGAAGUUGUGUCUGAAAUCCAGGGGAAACAAAUCAUUGUGUUGAGGGAAGUGCCAAGCCUGUCUUUUCUAUGUAUUAAGAUGCUGAGAGGAGUUAGGUUCCCUUCAGAAUCUAUGCCCCAUUUAAUUAAGUCCAAGAUCUAUGGUACCAACAAAGACUUACAAUUUAAGAAAUUUCAGUAUGGAUGGCUGUUAAACAUGCUGGCUUUUGUGGAAAAGAAAGAAGAAAAUUAUUUGUACUUGAAAAGAAAAUCAGGAUUCACGGAAUCUUUUCAAGUAUCGGCACUUCCAAUGUGCAGUGUGUGGUAUUCCCUGCCUUAUGUAAAGGGAACAAGCUCACAGUAUACAGAUGUUUACAACAAGAACAAAGUCACAGCUUGUAUGAUGUACACUAGUGGACAUGCAAUACUGUGCCCUACCCAUAUGCAGCGUUAUUCUCUUUCCCCUGCUGAAAUAUUGCAGUAUAUGCCUUGGUUUUUGUCAG